AUGUCAACAAUCCAGUCCCUCCUAAACCCCCUCCCAGACCAACAAUUUCCCUUCACCUUACCCAGCCCCUCCCUCCCAACACCCCGAAAACCCAAACCCGACGCAGCACCUACCCACAGCCACAAAAAGCAAAAGUCCAAAGGCCUCCCACGCAAAAAGGGCCCUAUUCGCGGCGAACUACGGUAUCCGCCCUACGAGGAGCGCGAUGACGGGUUGGCGAGUAUCCAUCGAGAGUUUCGGAUGGAGCCUAUGGGUGGUGGUAAUAUUAGAGAGAGGCCUUGGCAUGUGCCAUACAAUAGUGAUAAGAAAACGUUUCAGCAUUUGACGGGGAGGGAUUCGCUUGAGGUGUUUUACUACCAGUUCAAGUUACCUGGACAGGCUGAGAGUGAGGAGCCGUGGUGGGUGAUGUGGGACUACAAUAUCGGGCUUGUUAGGAUGACGCACCUGUUCAAGAGCAACGGGCACUCAAAGACAACAAUAGGCAAAGCCAUGAAAGCAAACCCAGGCCUCCCGGAGAUAUCCCACAGCAUCACCGGCGGCGCAACCGAAGCACAAGGAUACUGGGUCCCCUUCGACGCCGCCAAAGCCCUAGCAGCAACAUUCUGCUAUAAAAUCCGACACGUCCUCGUCCCACUCUUCGGCCCUGACUUCCCAUCCCUCUGCAUCCACCCGCACGACCGCACCCGCUUCAACCGCAUGGUCAUCGACCGCUCUGUUAUCCAACGAGCCACGCAGACAGCGAACUACUACCGCAGUUUGGAGCUUCGCUCGUCACCAUUCAGCACCAGCACCAACCACACCCCCAGUCCUAACCUCCGACCCACCUCUUCGUCCGGGAGUAGUUUCGUCGCGAGGAAGAAGGCCAUUCCAAGGUCCAGGAAACAUGCUAGCAGUCUUAGUUCGUCUACGACUGGGACGGUGAUUAGUGGGUAUAGCAGCGGGUAUGGCUCUGGUGUUGAUGAGUACUCGGACGUGUAUUGCGUGUCGCCGGUGAGCAUCGGCUCGUAUCGGGGUGGGAAUACGUUUACGCCGGUGAAUACGCCAAGGAGUGCGGAUGUUUACACUUCUUCUAAUGUUGGCAUCGGCACCACUACUAAUACAGGUGCUGCUAUCCCCACACCACAAGAAGUUCUCGCCUCCAUCACCGCAAAAACCACCACAAACACAAGCACCAUCGACGAAGACUCCACGGCCACAGCUACCAGUCCCAGCGCCAGCACAACCGACGAAGAAACCUCCUCAACCGCGUACUCCGAAAUCAGCAGCUCGUGGAGCGACUAUUCCUUCGUCGACAUCGACAAAGACGACCGCGAGUACAGCGAUAGUCCGGCCAAUGAACCGCUGCGUACGAACCGGAAACGAAAGGCCGAGGGCAGCGGCAAUGGUAACCGUGGCGCGCUGCUAGUGAAGGAAGUCAAGGCUGCUCAUGCGCUGCUUAGUUUACAUAUGCAGGAUGCGAGUGGGAGUGAGUAUGAGGGCGAGAGUGAUGGUGAUGAGGACGUGUCGGUGCCGCCGGCGUCGUCGUUGGUGGGCGUUUAUCAGCAGCAGCAACAACAGAUAUACAGUCAGAGACAGAGUCGGAAAAGAAGGCGGGCGUCUGCUUAG